AUGGCGUACAAGGAAUUCCACAUCGACAAUGCCACCAUUUUCGGCCUGGCUGUGGCAUUGACCAUCAUGCCUGCAGCGCAACUUCUGGCUUACCGAGCACUGCCCAAGACCACUCCCCUCAAAUACCGAGUUCUUUUCUUCUGGCACGCCUACGACUUUCUGACCCAUUUCAUCCUUGAGGGUAGCUUUCUGUACCACUGCUUCUUCUCAUAUCUGGAUCUGGACGAAUCUAAGAUUUCCAAGGGCGAAGGGUACCUCCGUGGUGCUGACGACGUGGCCUAUCUGUGGAACAAUGUCAAUCGUCGCUACGGGGCAACCUUUUCAACACACUUUACGGCUCUGCCCUGGAUCGAGUAUGGAAAGGCCGAUCUUCGCUGGCUGUACGCCGAUCUGAACGUCGUCUCUCUCGAGCUUUUGACGGUCUUUCUCGGUGGCCCGGCCGCAACAUACAUCUGCUAUCAGAUAUACCGCGCCAUGACGGUUGGCAAUGCAAGUGCUAAGGCCUCACAUAUGUCAAAGCUCUGGUUCGCUGCUACGGUUCUGGCCACGGGAGAGCUCUAUGGCGGCUUCAUGACUUUUGCUCCGGAAUGGCUUUCGGGAAGCAUUAUGCUAAAUACGGAUGACCCAGUGUAUCUGUGGUUUUAUCUCUUCUUCUUCAACGUCCUAUGGGUCUUCUUCCCUUUCUGGGUUUUAUAUUGCGCGUGGGGAGAGUUCUCGUCAGCAAUCGCCGCAACGGCUCGUUCAUCGAAAAAGACGACCUAG